CAGCUUCCAAGCAUGCGUGAGGUCGUCCUCGAGGACGAGGUCAAGGAGGACCCAGCCCCGACCCCGGCGAUCCUCGAGGCGUGCUGCGACUCGCGCGAGUCCGUGCGCAACGCCGUCGCCGGCGGCGCGUCGCGCGUCGAGGUCUGCGGCCGCGGGUCCCUGCACUGCGGGGGCCUGACGCCGUCGCCGACGCUCGUGUCCCUGUGCCUUGGGGAGUGCGCGGCGUCGGCCGUCGAGGUCGUGGCGCUCGUGCGCGUGCGCGGCGGCGACUUCGUCUACUGCCGCGAGGAGGUCGAGGAGAUGUGCGCGGAGAUCCGGAGCCUGCGGAAGGUCGGCUGCCGCGCGUUCGCACUCGGGUGCCUCGCGGGCGACGGCGGCGUGGACCUCGAGGCGACGGCGACGCUCGUCGCCGCCGCGCGGGCGCCCGCCGGCGCGGCGGGCGGCGCCGGCGAUCUCGAGCUCGAGGGCGACGGCGACGUCGUCGUCGUCUUCCACCGCGCCGUCGACGAGGUGCUCCGGCGGACGACGGACCUCCAGAAGAUGCACCGGCUCGUCGAGGCGUUGAGGCGCCUCACGGUCAACCGCAUCCUGAGCAGCGGCGGCGGCCAGACCGCGCGCGGCGGCC